AUGAGCAAUGUUUCACUUCAGCAUCUUAUACUAAUAUCGAUAUUCGCCUUAGGAACGUUUUUACACGUUGACGGACACGGUCUGUGUGCCAGCAGUUUACACAAGGAAUCGAGCUCCCACUACAAGGCCUUCAUGCACUUAGAUACCAUUGGAGUAUUGCAGUGUCUAAAAGUGUGUAAACGAUACAAACUUUGUGAGAAAAUUCAUCAUGAUCGGGAUCAUUUGACAUGUGACCUCAUGAUGACAACCGCAGAAACUGGUAUUAUGUCUUCCCUUUUGGACGUUCAAACACAACAGGUAAGCAGUUCUAACAGUAUGAAUAGCGACAGUUCUGAAAUUGAAGUUUGCGUCGACACAGAAGAUGGCAGCCAUGUUUGUCUUGAACAAGAAGUAUGCCCCACUGCGGACUGGGUGCGUUUUAAUCACAAAUGUUACCUCUUUCUGGGGAAGCGAACAACUGCCGAUCAGAACAUGGAGCUUUGUGAAGCAAUGAAUUCUUCCAUGUUAGGGAUCGAUGACGACGAGGUGAAUACCUUCCUCCAGUCGGAAAUGACAACAAGAGGUAUACAACAACUCAUUCUUGCUGCAAACGACAGAAUGGUUGAUUGGGAUUGGGUUUGGGCGCCUGGUAUUCCUGUAUUAAAUCCGAAAUGGAUUCCUGGUGAGCCUAACUUUCCUUAUGAGAAUUGUGUUCUUGUUCAACAGACAAACAUGGAAUGGAAUAAUAUUCAGUGCAAUGUAUAUAAAGCAGAUGCCGCUUGUGAAGUGCAUUUAUCUAUUUCACCAUAG